GGAUCAGGUGGCUUCCCUUGCCCCGGCCACUGACAGCCUAGUUCUGGACAGGAAGCGACACCCGGGGCCUCAGCAGAGAGCACUGAGCUAGGCCAGGCCUUUUCCCGUGCUUGCAGACUGAGGAGGGCACUGAGAGACAAGAGCCCCUGCUGCGUACUCCCGACACCCCCAGAAGGAGGCUCUGAGAAGUUGGCUGCCAGCAAUCACUUGUGUUGGGACAGUUGUGAAGGCCAAAAGAGAGAGAGAGAGAUAGAGAGAGAGCCAGAGACCACGGACAGCCCACCUGGUGGUGGACGCCAGCUUCUCCCCUCUUGCCUUCCUCGGGAGGUGACAUGGUGGUGCGGCACGGCUCGGACAAGGGGAAGGCCGGGGUAGGCGUGCCGUUGGAGCCCUUCCUGCACCAGGUCGGGGGCCACCUGAGCGUGCUGCGGUACGACGCCUACACGGUAUGCAAGCCCCUUAUCUUUCAGGAACAGAAGUUCUACGAGUCCCUGCCACUGGCCAUGAGACGCUUCACUCCGCAGUAUAAAGGUACCAUCACGGUGCAUCUCCGGAGAGACAGCAGAGGCCAUCUCGGCCUGGUUGCCAACCCGUUGAAGGAGAACCUGGAGCCUUUCCAGGUCUCCCCAGAGUCCAGAGCGGUAGCUCUCUGGCAGACACUUCAGCAGACCACCAGCAGUGAGGGCAGCCCCUGCCCCCUUGCCCAGAUGGCUCACUCACUGAAGGAGAGUGCAGCCAAGGCGCUCCUGAGGUCCGACUGCCACCUCAGUACCCAGGCCUCCCCGCUGGUGGAAAGUGCAGUUGGGAGCCAGAUAGAGAGAAAGGGCUUUAACCCGUGGGGCCUGCACUGUCACCAAGCCCACCUGAGUCGCCUGUGCUCCCAGUACCCGGAGGACAAGCGGCACCGGUUCUUGCUGUUGGAAAACGUGGUGUCCCAGUACAAGCAGCCCUGCAUCUUGGAUCUAAAGAUGGGGACCCGGCAGCACGGGGACGACGCGUCGGAGGAGAAAAAGGCCCGUCACAUGAAGAAGUGUGCGCAGAGUACUUCAGCCUGCCUGGGCGUGCGAAUCUGUGGCAUGCAGACACGCCAGAAGAGGGCGCCGGAUCCUAUUCCAGAUGGCUGUGAGCCACCAUGUGGUUGCUGGGAUUUGAACUCAGGACUUCUGGAGGAGCAAUCGGUGCUCUUAACCGCUGAACCAUCUCUCCUGCCCCCUACCCUUGUUCUUAUAAGACAGGCUGGACUGUAGGGAAACCGGCAGGACUCCAGCCCACCCCACCUCCCAACAGCCUGACUGCUCCAUACAAAACCGGGCUCUGCUUUGCCCGUAAACGUUAUGACUUUCCUUAAUUGAAACUGCCACCCCUCGAAGCUGAGAGUCGAGUCCAUAAAUUCAUCGCGCAGAUGUCCCUGGGAAGACUCGGAAUGCAACCCUCAAGAGAACAGAAUGGGGAUGAUUUGUGGAGUGAAAGGAAUCUCUCUGUGGACCUGCAGCCUUCUGCAAGUGAUCUGAUUUAUCUGAAAAGUGAUGCCUUUCGUGCGUUUGCAGAGGCUAAUUUAGCAGCCCAUCUUCAGCCUAUCAUAGCUUUCUGAUUAAAAACAAAGCAAAACACAUUAUGUAACACGAAGGCAAGACAGGCUUCCAAAGAGGACUAGCCAGUUACAGGCAGCCCUGUGCAUGGGUGCCAAGUCCCCCUGUGGCUCUUGCAGCAGCAGGCUGUGACUUCGUCUCUGCUGCCCCGAGCUGUCUGGACUGGAUAUGACCACCAUGGUGUCCUCAUCAGCAUCCUUCUUCUGCCUGCUCCCUUCAAAUGCCAGGGCAAGGGCAGGAAAUAAAGACACUGAAGAAAAGGACCAUUUGCUGGACAGGGAGGCUGAGGGCCUCUCUGCUUCCCAGGCUGCUGCCUGCAGGCCCUACCUAGGUCCAAGCUAGCCUUCUGUUCAUUUGACCUGGGAACAAUUCACCUUGACCGUCUGGAAGAGCUAUCCCCGAAUGCUUGAACUCCGUGAGAAAGGACUCGGCAACUUUGUGGAAGGAGAACUUAAUCGACCUGGCUCUCCAAGUCCGUCGGCCUGAUUUCAGAUUCCUGCUGCAGGCUUUCAAGCUUGGGUUUUGCUAAUAUCUGAACCGAAGACGGCCAGAAGCCAAGAUUUGAAUCACGACUUGGAAGUUGAUGGCGGAAAUUCACGGGAGAGGAGAUCCAGACCUCAGAGUGGUGCGCUGAGGGUCACCUCUGCGGGUGAAGGAUCUCUGGGACUAGACCUGUGAAGAAAAGACUUUAAAAUAUACACUCCAGAUGGGAGCACAAUAGAGACUGUCUCCUGCGCAUCUCAACCGCUGUUUCCCAAAUAGCCUAGAAAUCACCGCAUAGGUUAUGGGAGCUGGUUAUGCUGCUCCUAUAGAAAAGGCAGGCUUGGUUUGGUUUGAGAGAGGGUCUCUCUCACAUAGCACAGGUUGGCCUUGAACUCACCCUGUAGCUGAGGAUGACCUUGAACUUGUGAUUCCCCUGCCUCUGCCUUUCACGGAGCCCAAGUUAUACAGUACUAAGGAUUGCACACAGAGAUUUGAUCUUGCUAGACAAGCGCUCUGCCAACUGAGCCAUGUCCCCAGCCCCCACCGCGCUUUUCUCUUUUUUUUUUUUUUUAAGUUUACAAUCCUUCAUAUAUUUUUCCCCCUCUCUCUCUUCCAACCUAAGGUUUAUCAAACCGAUAAGAAGAGUUUUCUCUGCAAAGAUAAGUACUAUGGAAGGAAGCUCUCCGUGGAGGGAUUCAGGCAAGCCCUUUCUCAGUUCCUCCAUGAUGGAAUCCGCCUCCGCACCGAGCUCUUGGAGCCCAUCCUGCGUAGGCUGCAGGCGCUGCUCACUGUCAUCAGGAGCCAGAGUUCUUACCGCUUCUACUCCAGCUCCCUCCUCAUAAUCUAUGACGGGGAGCCUCCCCAGACGGCUCCCGCUCCCCAGACCACCCAAGGCAGCACUUCCGGUAGCACUUCCGGUGACCCCGCCAAAGUCGAUGUCCGGAUGAUUGACUUCGCUCACACGACAUACAAGGGCUCCUGGAACGAGCGCACCACUUACGAGGGACCAGAUCCUGGCUAUAUCUUCGGCCUGGAAAACCUCAUCGGGAUUCUGCGGGAUAUCCAAGAGGGAGAGUGAAGCUUCUCGGAACUUUCUGGGAUUUUUCUGGGCUGCAGAAUUUUGCAAAGGGACCCAAGCUAGGGUAGUCUAGAGUCCCCCGUAGGUGUCUCUGUAAUAACCAGAAGCCAGGCGUUGUUGACAAUUGCUACAGAAAUCUGCUCUGCAGUCAGCCACCCCCCACCGGGCAGCUCGCAGCUCCUCUUGGAGCAGCUGGUGAAAGGCACCAUCGUCAAGUGCACAGGAGGGUGUAGCCUGGGUCAGAGGCCCACGCUGUGGUGCUGCAGGGUGCCUGCAUUCCAGACCACUUCUAUGUUGUCAGGCCGCAGUCCUCAACCCCCACAACCCCCACGCGGGAGAAAACCCUGGAAGAAGCCUUGAAGAGUAUUCUGCUUGCGAGGAUCAGCCCCUCCCCAGGCAGAGCUAUGCCGCCUACCUCCUUUGAUGAGUCAUAGGUGGGACAGGCACGAGUGAUCCCAAGUUAAAUGUGAGAGGAAGGGUCUCUGCAGACUUCUGGGGGCGGGGGGGAGGGGGUGGAACUAGCAAGCCUUCCACACUCGUGGCCACAUGAUGUCCCUGACCUGGAAACGCAGCUCCCAGUGGCAGCAGAGUGCACCCACAGAGAAGCCAAUUGCUUUCGGUCCUAUUCCCCAUUUCUAUUUAUUUAUUAUUGUGGGUGCGUGCGUGGGUGGGUGGGUGGGUCAGGGUUGGAAGCAGAGAACCUAGAAGACCAGGAACCCCCUGAUGAUGUUUACAAGCAUGGUGGACACAAGUGAAUAGGAAACCAGAGCGAACGGGUCUAAUGAAUUCCUUCUUCUGCAGCAUUGAAACUUGUUACAAUGCCCUGGAGCCCGGUGCUGCGCUAUGCUCCCCAAUUAGGGAAAUAAAUUUGUUAAUAAAAUUGCUGAGGUCACCAGUGAUUACUGGUACGCCUUAA